UGCUCGAUUAGUUCUUCGCAAACCACGACGAUGUACAGCAGGUGCCUCUGAAGGGGAGGCUUUGCGCCUGGGAUAAAUUUCGGUCAGAGAAAAAAACGAAAAACGUUUGAAUACAAUAAGCUAAAGUAAAGCUGCUGAACUUGUAAUGUGAUUAGUGAAAACGAUGAAAGGAAUAAUUUUGCUUGGUAAAACAUUGAGCACAGUUAUAACCACUUGAAUGAAAAAAUCAUCUAGAUAGGAUACAACGAAAUUGGCACAUCUCUUAGCACUGGUUUUUUUUUUAUUAUCAUCAUACCUGCGCCAGCUAACAAUGAAUCAGUUAGACAGAUAAGGCACAUUGUGAUCAAGUGAUAUGACUUAAUAAAAAAUCAAUAAUCAUUUCAACAGCCUUCUCGUAUGUUGGUGCAAUAAACGUACGCUACGAAACUGAAGAAGACGGUGACUAGAAGAAGUUUCAUUAGUGUGGUGUUGUAUUUGUCGUCGAAAAUCGAAAUUUGGCGACGUAAAAGAAAAAAAAGUGAACUUCUAAACAGCAAACAUGGAACACUUGUCAAUACUGACAGCCGGCUGGAGCUACAUUCCGGCCGGGCUCACGUUCGGUUAUAUGCUGAUGGUACCAAUUUUGAAUCAAACUAGGAACGACCAAACAGAAACUGAACAGAACAAAACUAUCUACGACGAAACAGAAUACUGGCCUUUCAUAGUGGCCAUCAUCACGCUGAUCAUCUCGGUGGCGCUAACCAACGGUCUGAAGCUGAACUAUCGCAAGUGUCAGUUUGUGCAUCUGUACUUGCAGCUGGCGGCGAUGGCUUUCUACCUUUGCGCAGGACUGAUCUUUCUGCUGGUGGAGGGCAUCUCAGGCAUCGUUCCCACCAUGUAUUUGGCUGCUUGUGGUAUGGGCCUGACGCUCAUCCCCGGUCUCAGCUAUAUUCACAUCCGGGCACCGGCCCGGUGGCGACCGCUCUACAUGUCGCUGUGUUACUUCUGGUUCCUAGCCGGUGUCGGAGGUACCGCCACAAUCUUCAGGAUUGAAACUGAGGAUGACGUGAUCUUUCCCAUUUGUCUGCUGAGCAGCACUGCCUGCGUCAUCGUUAUGAUCGCCCUGGUUGAGAUGCUGCAGCGGGAAGGAAUUGUCAACUACAAGAAACCGCUGGAUUUCGACACGGACAUCGCGCACGAAAGUGGCAAAUUGAUGGGCGACCGGCAGGGAAGCGUUAAUUUGUAUAACAACUUUUCCUCUGCGGGUGUAGCGACGCUGUCGAACGGUGGGGCACUUCCUAAACAGUGGAACUCUUCGACGGAGCAGAUUAUUGCCGGCAGUGCCGACACAAACCAACGCAACUUCCGCAAGCUGUGGGUGUUCUAUAUGAUUUUUACCAAGCUGCAAGGUUUAAUCGCUUUCUAUUGGAUAUUUUUGCACGUAAGCGCGUAUUACAGUCAAUUGCUCUUCGAUGAAAAUACGGAAUACGUUUUUUUCUGGUUCCUAGUGCUGGGUUCACUAAUAGGGACGCUUUGCAUGGUUUUUCUCAGCGCAAAAAUAGUGUUCCUGGGGGCAUCCGUGUUGCAUACUAUUGGGCUGAUACUGGCGGUAUCCUUUCUCUAUACCGGCGUGGGCGACGUCCACGUGGGGGUUUCGAUGCUCGUUUUUUACACUUUUAUCGGCGCAUCGUUAGUCAUUCCAGCGAUUAACAUUUUGGAACUGUCUCCGUUAAACUUUAACGAAUCAUUUCUGGCGAUGGGAACGAUCCUGGAGUUACUGGGAAUAGCACUGAUUCAGUAUUAUUCAGUAACAAAUAGAGAGUUUUAUCCACCUCAAAAACUGACUAAGACUGCAAUUGAGGUGCAUGGCGAUGUCAUAGCGGCACACUUCAUAGCAAUGAUCGUGCUCAGUGUGAUCCUGCAGGUGAUCGUGUUGUGGCAUAUGCCGACAACUUUUAAGAAAUCGCUCCCCGAAAUCAAAUCCGAUCUUGCUCGAAUGACAUCCUAUUUCGCGUUUGCCAGAAUGAUGGUGCCGGUCAGCAGCAACCAUCAACCGAUGACCCGGGCGUACGAAGAAAGCAUUGCUUCCGAGCGGCCAGAAGUGGAUGAGAAACAGUUGAGCACCAGAAACGGCCAUCUGGCAGUGGCCGCUUCCCACUACAACGAACGAAGCGACGAUAGUACGGGUAGGGGCAGCCCCUAUAACGAUUUCUCCGAGUCCAGAUACAGCCGACGCCAAGUUGUGGAUCAAGAUUUCUCUGCCUCACCGGAUCGAGACGAUCCGUACCUACAGGAGCAACUGCAACGUCAGCACGAACGAAACUACAUCCUCUCGCGACAACAGCAAUAUCGACAGCAAGCACGCGAGUCCCCGGAAUCCCAGCCGUACAAUUACCGCGCCGAAAGACGCUCCGAAAAUCACUAUCAACAGCGUGCCUUCAAUCCUCCCUUGGAUGACUACAGUCCAGAACGUCCACUUAGCAGAAGCAGCCAAAUAAAUCACCGCCCAGGUCCUCCCUUGCUCGCCCGUCAGCAAUACUACGAACAGUACAGCCAAGAACGUCCCCAACCUCCCUUACCUAAACCAUCCCCCAUUCGCCAGUCGCCCGCUCCAUCAACAACCAACGAACCGGUAGUUCCGAUGCUGGUGCGACGGCCGCCACCAUCGCAAACCGUCAAAUCCGAACCGGGAUCGGUAAUUCGCCCACGGCUGCAGACGCAGAAGAGUGAAGCUCCGGCACCGCCGCCACUGCCACCGGCCGAUUACCUCACCAAAUCGUUACCCCGGAUCAGACCCGACCGUCAAACGCGCGAGAGUAUCCACCCGGUGCUGAUACCGAAACCGGCCAAACAGCGGGAAGAGAUCGUCCCGGGUGUCGAGUACACCAGCAAUCUGCGACCGUCGGAGUUUUUGCGCCAAAAUCGGCAGUCGAUGUUUUUCCGUGAGUCCACGGCGGUACCGGAUUUUGACUGACGGGGAUGACGGAAUCAGUGGGAUUGGGGUGAGUUGAGUUUUACCGUACGUUUUGUGAGGUUAAAUAAAUGUAAUCAGUACGACAGCACCAGAAGGGUUUGAUUGCUCGUAGUGAAGUCACAGAGGUCGUUUGGAAGUUUUAUUAUUAGAUUAGUAUUAUUUUUUAUCAAAAGGUUGAGAAUGAAAACAGAAGUGAAUAAAAAAA